GAGUCUCUCUGAGGCUCACUCUCUUUCCCCCGCAUGGAGAAGACGGACGAGAGGAGAGAGGGAUGGGGAGAGAGAGAUGGAAGGAAAGAGAGGUUACAGAGAAAUAGAGGCAAGGAAAAUGGUUCUGCAAUGCAGCAAGACUACAUUCUCUCUCUCUCUCUCUCUCCUCUUUGUAUCACUACCUGUUUAUGUAGCUGCUUGAAAGACCAGUCAAACAAAGCUCCUACCUUUUUCUAGAUGUCAUGGAUGAAUUAACAGCAGGAGGAAGUCACAAUGUUGUGGGAUUCCUGGGAAUGUUGGAUACUUGUAUGGAAUGUUGGAUACUUGUAUGGAAUGUUGGAAUCCUUCCAGUAUUGGAUCCAGUCUGGUGAUGCAGGGUUCAGACUGAGCAUGUGGAGCGGUCAUGAGACUCUGACUCCAUCUCAACCUGCUCUCUCUGUUCCAUGGGGUUCCUUGUGGUCUGAGCUGUGGCCUGGCUGCAGUACCGGAGGCCACCAGCGUGGGGCAGCAGAGCGAGGUGGGGCCAGGGGGCAGCAGUGAGUAGGCUGGGGCUGGAUCGAGCCUGGAGGGGCAUGCGUCAUGACCUCGGUGGUGCUCGUUGACAGUGGAGGGGCGGUGGUUGAGUAUGUCACCGCCGUGGAGGACCCUCAUCAGGAGGGAGGGUGUGAGGUGGAGGAGUGUGAGGAGGGAGACGGUGAGGUAGAGGUGGAGGGAGACAUGGUGGAAGAAGAGACAGACGGGGAGCUGGAUGAAGAGGAGGAGUACCCAGCAGUGAUUGUGGAGGAGGUCCCAGGCAGGGGGAUGGAGCAGUGGUUCUCUGCCCAGGUUCUGGUCUACGAUGACGGGACCUACCUGAUGCAGGACGUGGGGGAAGAACAGGAGGUGGAGACUGAGAUGGUGGAGACAGUGGAGGCGUCUGUCCAUUACCAACAGUCUGGCACCAGUAUCUACUGUUCUGAUAAGACCAUCGAGGCUGCCGAGGCUCUGCUGCACAUGGACUCUUUUACCAGCCUGAGAGGGGACCGCAGCCCAGAUGUGUUCAUCCCGGCAGGGUGUGUGACCACCCCAGACUUCAUCCACGCUGCGAUGCGUCCAGACGUGAUGACCGAGACUGUGGUGGAGGUGUCUACGGAAGACUGUAUGGACGAGGACAUGGAGGUCACCCUCCUAGAGGAACCAGACGAAUCAGAGCCUGACCACCAACCUGUCAGGAAGAAGAAAGCAGGGAGGAAGCCAAAGACUCACCAGCCUGCUGUGUCCAACGGAUCCCCGGACCUCGGCAUCAAGAAGAAACCCAGAGAAGGAAAAGGCAGCACCACGUACCUGUGGGAGUUCCUGUUAGACUUACUCCAGGACAAGAACACGUGUCCCAGGUACAUCAAGUGGACUCAGAGGGAGAAGGGCAUCUUCAAGCUGGUGGACUCCAAGGCCGUGUCCAAGCUGUGGGGUAAACACAAGAACAAACCUGACAUGAACUAUGAGACCAUGGGACGGGCUCUGAGGUACUACUACCAGCGUGGUAUACUGGCCAAGGUCGAAGGUCAGCGGCUGGUCUACCAGUUCAAGGAGAUGCCCAAGAACAUCGUUGUCAUCGAGGACGACAAGGCCGACUCCAGAUCGGACGAUCUUAUUGGCUCAGAGAAGUCUUACCACGAGAGAGUCCUGCCCUCGUCGGAGACGAUACUGAAUGUGGCCGAGCUCGCCACGACGCCCACCAUCCUGAGGGGUGGGACUAGAACCGUGGUCCAUCCUCCGGUUGCUAAGGGCAACAAGGCGGUGAUGACGGGGGGCGGGGCGGCAGUGGGGGUUCCGAGGAUAGUGACCAUUUCCACGGCGCCAGACGGAACCCAGACGCAGCAUUCUCACACGGCCAUCAUCCCCACUUCCUCAGGACCCAGGACUGUACGGGUUGCCAUGCAAGUGCCUGUAGUCAUGACAACGUCACUGGGCCAGAAGAUCUCAACGGUUGCCGUGCAACAGGCGCCAGGGAUGUCGGGAGGCCGAACGACUUACCAAUUGGCCAACGCCUCUCCCAUCGGCACGGCAACGGGCAACGCGAACGCCCAACCGAAGGUUGUAAUCCAGACCAUCCCCACCAUGGUUCCAGCCACAGCGGAGAACGGAGACAAGAUCACGGUCCAACUGGCUAAGAUCAUCACCAUCCCAGCCCACCAGCUGGCCCAGUACCAGCAGCAGACCAAGCCUGGCCUGGGGGGCUCCCCGGGCAGCAUCUCUCUCCUGGGCGGGACAAACUCCUGGGGGGUACGAGCCCUGGCACCUCAUGUGACCAUGGCUACCAUGGCUGCAGGGACACAGGUGAUGAGGCUGGCUGUUCCCACAACGCUGCAUCAUCAUCAACAACAGACACAUCAUAUCGUCACGACGACGCAAGGUGGCGGGACCGGAGUUGUCACCGUGACGACGACAGCCAAUCAGAGCGCUCCGGUGGCGGCAUCCCAUAUCAUCAGCGGCGUCAUCAAGAGAUCUGCCACGGCAACGAGAGAACCGCCGCAGCAGCAAGCCAAGACGCUGACCGUUCAAACGGUGUCGCUACAGGCCCUCCCCGUCCAGACGGCGUUACCGGAAGCACCGGAGAUCAUCCCGGUAGUCGUCCAAUCAGAAGAGGUCCUGCCUGAGAUCAAAUCAGAAGAUCCGGAGUGUUGAGGUCACAAGUACGGACACACACCUCGUAGUUUGUACAGGUUUUUGCCCAGAUAGGAGUUUGUUCUUCUUUUUCUACAUGACAGUCUGAGAGACUAUAAAGACCCACAACCACCUCUGAUUUACCCUGGGGUGGUCUACCUUCCAACCACAGCCUCAUCUCCAUGGAGAACCAGGGCGCAUCCCAAAUGGCCCCCUAUUCCCUAUACAGUACCCUUCUUCUGUAGGGAAUAGGGUGUCAUUUGAGUCGUACAAUACCGUAGGACACCCAGCCAACAAAGGAACCCAGCAAUGACUUUUCAAAAGGGAAGAAUCUCCUUCAGAAAAAGGGACCAAGUCCAACUUAAAUCACUACGUCGUUUUCUGUUUCUGACAGACGAGACACUAGCUAACUAAGCUACAAUGAAAAAUACAAACUUAACAGAAAAAAAACACUAAACAAAAGGCUAAUUAUAAAAAC